AUAAAAAUUAUUCCAUCGCCAUUAGUUAAAGUAGUACGUGUGGUUAAAGUUAUUCAUAAAUUAUUUUUAUGUCUACAGUUAAUUAUUAAUGCGCUCUAGUUAUUUUUAUUUGAAAAAAUAGUGUUAUUUGUAAUUGUUACAAAAUAAAAAGUAAUUUGCUUUGUGAAUAAGCCCAAAGUCGAGAAUUUCCCUCCGCGUGUGUCGCAACCAUUUUUGUUUCAACAUUUCGCUGGGCGUUUGCCGGUCGUUCAUUUUUCAAUAACUUGUAACUAAUAAUAAAUAAAAACAUAUAUAUAUAUAUACGUAUAUAUUUAAUUGCGAAUUCAAUUUACGUAAAUUUUAUGUAAUAGUUAUUUAUUACCGCGGUAAAAAUGAGUACCGAUAGUAUUGAAAAAUUGUAUAAAAAUUUUGGGAUUUUAGCUGACGCCAAAGACAAACUUUCAGAGCAUGAGAAAGAAUAUCUGGAAAUAUUGACAGCAGUCAAGGGAACGGCUAAAGAAAAACGUUUAGCAUCUCAAUUUAUUGCGAGAUUUUUCAAACAUUUUCCGAAAUUAGCAGAUCAAGCCAUUGAUGCUCAUUUGGAUCUUUGUGAAGAUGAAGACAUGGCUAUUCGAAAACAAGCUAUUAAAGAUUUGCCAUCAUUAUGUAAAGAUAGUAAGGAGCAUACACCAAGAAUUGCUGAUAUUCUAGCCCAACUACUACAAGCUCAAGAUUCAACGGAAUUAGCUGUUGUUUACAGCAGUAUUAUGACGCUGAUGAAAAAUGACCCAAAAGGAACUCUAAGCGGAUUUUUCAGCCAAAUAUUUAACGGAGACGAUGGGACUCGUGAUCGUUGCAUUAAAUUCUUAGCGACUAAAUUGAAAUCAUUAGGUCAUGAUGUUAUAAAUAAAGAGUCUGAGGAACUACUUAUUACUGAGUGUAAAAAAGUACUGAGGGAUGUUACUGCCGAAGAGUUUCACAACAUCAUGGAUAUCUUAGGAUGGACUAAAUUAGGGUCGACAGUAGCUGGCCAGCAAGAACUUAUUGAGAUAACUAUUGAACAAGCAGAACUUGGAGUUCCAUUCAAGCAUAAUAAUGUCGAACAAUGGGAUAAACUUGUACAGUGUAUUAAACAUGCGCUUCCACAUUUUAGUGCUCAGACUGAUUCCUCAAGAUACGUUUCUUACAUUUGCAUUCAAGUGCUUCCACACUUGUCACUAAUAACAGCUCCCGAUGGUCGUGAUGCCCAAUUAGAGAUUCUGAAAUUACUUGCUGAGUUGGUAGCUUUCUGUGGUACGAUUGAUAAACCCGAAGAAAAAGUUCAGCAAAUUUACAAUGCAUUAAUUACUUACAUGCCUUUGCCACCGGAUUCCGACAUAUCCGAAGUCCCGAAGCUUCAGUUCAGUCAUGUCGAAUGUCUCAUGUAUGCAUUUCACAAGCUGUGUAAACAAACUCCCGAUUUUUUGCUCAAAGAUGCCGAGCAAUUAAAAGAAUUUAAGUUAAGGCUGCAGUAUUUUGCACGUGGAAUACAAGGUUACAUUAAAAAGCUGCGCGAGGCUAUUGGUGGUAAAUCUGAAGAAGAAUUAAAGACAGAGGAAAAUCAAUUGAAAGUUGUUGCUUUGAAAACGACAAAUAAUAUUAAUACGUUAAUAAAAGAUCUGUUUCACUCACCACCGAGUUUCAAAAGUAUUAUUCAUCUUUCAUGGAAAACUCCGACAGUUGAUAAGAAGAAUGAAAAAGUUAGUAUCGCUCAAAAAAGGCAUACUCCGAUAACAUUCGGUAAUGGCAGCCCAACAAAACGUAUCAAGGAUGAACAUAAAGGAGGUAAAAGAGAAAUUUACACACCACCAAGCGGAAAAUACAGUUCAAACAUUUCAUCAAAUUAUGGUAAUCGAGGACGAUUCCGUGGAAAUCGAUCAGGUGGACGAGGAGGGUUCCGACCACGAGGACGCGGAACAUGGAGAAAAAAUUUAUACUAAUUUAUUAAUUAAAUAAAUAAGAGAGUUAAUUUCUAAAUCGGUAUUUUAGAGAUUUUUAUAAUAAAUUAUUUAAAUAAUUUAAGAGGAAAUUUGAAUACGAAGAAUGAAAACUACAAAUCAGUGUACCGAGACAUUUAUAUCAAGCAGUUCAUCGCAAGUUUAAAUUUUCUUCAACAUUACUGGUGUUAUUCAAAAUUUUUAAAAUAAUUUGAAUUCGACUUAUCCAUUUUCGACAACUCAACAAUAUGGAAGACUGAUUUAUAUCUGAUAGUGGACUAAAUAUUUUUUCGCUCGAGGCAGUUGAUAAAUUUGAAGAAUGAAAUUUAUGAAACAAUUUAUUUAUACUCCGUAUUAAUGUGCAGUGAUUUAAAAGGACAAUUAUUUACUCAGUGCUGUAGAUAAUUACAAAGUGACAAUUACGGAACUACCAAAAAUACUUUGCGAGAAUCGAUAAUGUGUAAAAAAAAUUUGUAUAUCCCUCAAAAUAUCUUUCUCAACCUUCGUCGAAUCCUUUUCCUUCCAUGUCCUUCAUUUAAAAGUUUUUUUUUUGUUACUGAUAACAGGAUUCCUGCAGGAGAUGCGCUGUCACUUUCAACUGUAUUUAUUCUAUAAUAUUUUUGUUUUCAUUUUUAAAGAAACAUUCAUUGAACUUGCAAACAAAUUAAUUACAUCUUAAGGAAAAACAAUUCAAAAUUUAUUAGUAUUUUUUUAAAAAUUGAAGUGAAUGUUUCUUUAAUCAUUAAUAAAAUUUGAUAUUUUUCAGAUAAAAUUUAUCGUGACUCGUGAGUGCAAACAAAUCCUGGCCAGAAGACAUAACACAUUUGUAUUGUUCUAGAUGAACGAGAUUAUCUCAGUUAAGAUGAGGAAGCAGUUGCUGAUAAUUAAGUAGUUUUUGUUUUUCAGAUCCAGUCCGGUUAUUCAUCAAAAACAAUUUUAAUUUUGUAAAUUUAUUAAACAUUUUCCUUGUAGCCGAUUAUUAAGGUGAGUCUUACAAACACCAAAUUUAUUACCCUGUUCCUCAAAACCUUACCUCAGUUAUCAAUACCUUUGUUCUUCAUUAUAGUGUGUUAAUAAAUUCAAAUGUCUCAAUAAAAAUGAUACGUUAUAUAUAAAA